CGGUGCUGGGUUGGCAGAGGGUCCUGGCGGCGACGCUGAAGAGCUCCUGCGCUUUCUGGUGUGCCCGCUCUCCAAGCGGCCGCUGAGGUACGAAGAAGCUACCAACGAGCUCAUUAACGAGGAGCUGGGCAUUGCAUACCCUAUCAUCGACGGCAUCCCGAACAUGGUCCCAGAGGCUGCCAGGACCACUCAGAAGAAGCCCCCAGCUGAGGGCUCGAAGCAGCCCUGAGGACUCCCCAGGCACAGUGCUAAAGCGGGGCCGAUGGCUGGGGGAGGCAUGCUGCCCUCCCUGCCCACGCUCACUGUACUUGUUCCUCUCCUGUCCCUAGCAGGCUUGUUUUACUCAGCCAGCGUAGAUGAAAGCUUCCCACAGGGCUGCACCAGUACAAGCAGUUUAUGUUUCUACAGUCUCCUCCUUCCUAUCACAAUACCAGUUUAUGUAUUUUUCCACCUGUGGACCUGGAUGGGGAUUAAGCUUUUUAGGCACAACUAGUACGAUGCAUUUGCUAAUCUCUGGGCUUCUCUAAAGCAACACGGUUUAUUUAAUCUCAUCAGGUAUUGCAGUUGAUUUGAGAGAGUUCCCUUCUGGCACUAGUGACUGUUGUCAUUUUCUUAGUAGUAUCUGGAACUGUAUAAAGUCCUCUGCAGCAGCCUAUUUCUUAAUUACUGCUAAGGCAGAUAAAGAGGAGGAACAACAAGAAGCACUAAUUCCUUCUAGUGUAUCCUUUCAAGAGUGUUGUGCAUUUGUAGUGGCACUAAUGAAAAUCCUCUAGGUGGUAAUUGUUUUUGCGGAAGAACUGUACCCUGACUGAAAUAACUGAUACAGUGAUACGAAUCUCUCUUUGAAUUACAAGGUUUGGUUUUGUUUUGAACUGAUAGGUGUAUUGAAAUGUAUUUGUCUCACUGUCAGAAUGUAAAAUAAAUUAGGCUCAUGUUUAGUAACAAAACUU